UUGUUUUGCGCGUAGCCGAGUGCCUAGAUAUAUACGUCCUCGAUGUGUGAUAGAUAGUUGUUAUCGGCCCGCUACUUGCGCGGCUUGGCUAAACAAUGUUAAUCAGUACUUUGUCGUGUGGCAGGCGCUUCGUUUGCUCAAUUAACGUGUGAUAAUAGACGGUAUGAGUGUUUAAGCCCUUGCUAGUGUUGACCAUGACUCGAUCGAGCUACCGACCCCUGGUGCCCCGGUCUUCAAACAACUCCCUGGACAACCGCGAGACGGGGACAACGUCACCUCCUGGCGAGCCCCUAGUCCGAGCCCCGGUGGGCAAGCCGAGAUGUCCGCCCGCCAUCUCAAGACUGCGCGUCGAGAAAGUUGAGGGCGGCCUGGCGGUGGCCGGCGUCGUGGUCGCCGCCAACUGCCAAAUCGUCCUACCCAUAUUCGGCUUCCUCUUCAUGCUGGUUGGAUGCGUGCUUACUGCUACGUCAUACCGUGUCCGUGGGGAGAAUGAAGAGCAGGAUCAUUAUCAAGAGCGGAUCGCAUUUACAGGAAACUCUCGGGUGCUCGGCCCCGUUUGCAUAGUCGCCGGUGCACUUAUGACAAUUGCUGGUAUCGUGUUAUGCAUACUGAUGCGUGCCGCCCAGCGACGCCAAAGGAGACUGGCAUUCCAUUGCCCCAUUCACGGCGACUUCUAUCCCUUGAGCCCACAAAAUAGCAGAAAAUAUUCCCGUAGUCCUAGCGGUAUAUGGCGUGGUAUACGCAGUUGGCUCGGGCUGGUGGAGGAUGGGGAAUCCCCACGCUGCCCGCGCUCCACGGAGCCUGCAUCGCCCGCCCGGGCUGACGCACCCUGCCCGCCACCUUUACCUUUCCUUGUGCCAUCUGACUCCGUCGUGGGUAUGGCGUCAGUUUUAGGAGCUCCGUUAAGCCCUGAAGCAACAUUUGGAUCUAUCAAGUCUCUCGCCAUAUCCAGAGAAGUGGCAAGCUUCCCUCUUUCACGGUCUCCAACUCCACCCCCUAUGAGUUGUCCGCCGUUCAAAGAAGAGCCAAUGAUCCAGAACGAUAUCCCGAAUGCCGUGACUCGGCCCGACUUCGACUGCGGCUCGCCGACGUGCAACUACCGAGUUGUCGAGUGUAAGCUGACGACGACCGAUGAGAUAUGCCGAGGCGCUUCCGUGCAUGCCAGCGUCCACAGGGCCUCAGACCGAACCAGACCAGCCACAGUCUCCAUCACGAUACCAAACGAAGGAAAGGGCUAACCGAUCUCAAAGGACUGAAAUCAUUAGAUAAUUUAUAUACCUAAUUAUUAUGUUUGAUGAGGAAAAUGUGAACUUAUUUUGGUAAUUAGGAUGAUUGGGCGAGGUCAUAUUGAACCCGACUAAUCGAGGCAUGUUGUUUAAAACGGAACGGAGUACGAUGUAAUUUUUUCCAUUAAACCAUUACCUUUGCAUAUUGAUUUUAAUGUUAGCUCAAAUAAUCACGUCUGUCUUCCGUUAGUAGCACCAUCUGACGAAUUGUCACACUUACUAAAACUAAAAUUCACUCAUCACUACUCAUAUACGUGUUAAUAUCUAAGUACUAAAGUAAACCAACUUCUGAAUAUUUUGUGUUAUUUUUUGAACUUACCUAAAUGUAAUUAAGGUAUAGCACAGACGCAAAGUAUGUAAUUAUUGUUAACCUAUGCUCAGAAUUAUUACUCAAUCAGUUUAACAAAUGUCUCAAUUAUUAUCGUACUUUAUUUGCUCUAUGUAUAGCAAUAUGUUCCGCCAAAUAUCGUAUGUAGGAAAUUGAUGUGAAUAAGAGAUCGAGAUCAAUUCAGGAAUGUGAAUGAGUGUUGAUAACAAU